CGCUUUGACUUCUUGUUGUCAUGGCUUCACAUGCAGGCGACUCGACUACCAUGAGAAAGUGAUACUAACCAUUGCGCUUCUGCGCUGGACGAACUAACUCAACCUCAAGGAUUCCUGCGGAGCUCCUUCGACUCUUUAUUCUUGUUAUUUCUUUGUUUCUGAUCUUGCCACGCACUUCCACGAUAUGUUUUGAGAUAUUGGUGUUUCAUCCUACGAACAAUUUUCGCUUCAAAUCGUCGGACAGUUUCGCCAACGAAGUAUUUUGCGCGAAUCAAAUUGGGAAUUAAACCCGACUGUUACACAAGUGUAGCUCUGUGACCAGGACGCUAGAUUUAGAGGACGUUCCGUUGACACCACAAGAUCGGGAACUGCUAUGUUACACCGUGUCGCAUGAACUCGAAUCCGUCUGGCAAUUAUUAUGGAUACUCUGUACCCGUUCAUUGUGUCUGAUGGGGACAUUAUCGAUAACGGAGGUCCUACUUCAAUCCUGUUUGAUUCUAACGGUGAUAUAUCUUGAUAUUGAAACAUGCCAACCCCAGUACAGGAGGGUACACAGACGGCAGGCGUUCAAGUCGACAAGUCAGAAGAUGGCGUUACGAGGAUUGGGAUCAACAGACCACAGCGAAGAAACGCCAUAGAUCAGCUCACGGCAAAGAAGUUGUAUGAGGCGUUUGUCGCUUUCGAGAAUGACAGCCGGCAGAAAGUAUGCGUGUUCUAUGGCACGGGGAGAACAUUUUCGGCCGGCUUUGACCUCAGCGAACUGACCAGGUGGGAUACACCGCCGGGCGGGUCUAGAGACAUCGAUCGCGGAGGUAAUGAACACCUGAGUAACAUUACGCGUUCCAAGUUCGAUCCCGUUUGCGCCCGCAACGCCGGUCCACUCGGCCCAAGCAGAAUGCGGAUAAACAAACCAGUGAUUUGUGCCACUUCAGGAUGCUGCGUUGCGGGGGGGUUGGAGUUGUGUCUUCUCGCGGACAUACGGGUUGUGGAAGAGGAUGUGGUAUUCGGAAUAUUCUCUAGACGCUUUGGCAUUCCGCUACUCGAUGGAGGAACGGUCCGUCUGCAGUCUGUCGUCGGGUUAGGUCGGGCAUUGGAUAUAAUAUUGACGGGAAGGCCGGUAGGGGCUCAUGAGGCCCUGCACAUGGGUUUAGCGAACCGGGUUGUACCGAAGGGUCAGGCUUUCGGGGAGGCAAUGAAGCUUGCGAGGCUACUGGCCUCGUUUCCUCAGGAAUGUUUGAAUGCAGAUCGAGAUUCUUGUUACUAUUCUGCCUAUCGAGCGCAGUCACUGGAGGAUGCGCUAUCCUAUGAAUACAACGGUGCUGUGAAGGUCGCCGACCUUGCCAUUCGGGAGGGAAUCAAGUUUGUCCAACGCAAAGAGAGGCAGGCGAAGCUAUGACAUGUGUUCGGUGGAACUGCUUCUUGGGGUUUUGAAAGGACUACUUCAUUUUCCUAAGAUUUUAAGAGCUUUAGAAUUUCGGAUUGUGUUGCAUCUAAUAAAGAGUCAGAAUCGAUGUCUGGCAGCCACUUUGAUACCGAAUUGCACUGACAAAUAAUAUAUGAAGUGCGGAGUACUCAGGAGGCUUCUGUUGCAUACUACCAGGGUCUCCU